GUAAUCCAGAGAAUACAGUAGGAGUUCUCACCAUGGCAGGGAAAGGUGUUCGCGUUUUGGUCACUCCUACUAGUGAUCUUGGCAAGAUUCUGGCAUGCAUGCAUGGUUUAGAAAUAGGUGGUGAGAUGAACCUGGCAGCUGGCAUUCAGGUGGCUCAAUUGGCCCUCAAACAUCGCCAGAACAAGAAACAGCAACAAAGGAUUAUUGUGUUUGCUGGAAGUACUGUCAAACAUGACAAAAAGUUUUUGGAGAUAAUCGGAAGGAGAUUAAAGAAGAACAGUGUAGCCCUUGAUAUCUUCAAUUUUGGUGAAGAAGAUGGGGAGAAGUCAGAGAGGAUAGAAGCCCUGUUUAAGACAUUGAACAAUAAUGACACCAGCCACAUUGUUCAUGUUCCACCUGGUCCAAGUGCUCUUUCUGAUGUACUUAUAAGUACACCCAUCUUUACCGGUGAUGGGGAAGGUGGGAGUGGUUUUGCGGCGGCAGCAGCAGCAGCUGCCGCUGGUGGUGUCUCUGGUUUUGAUUUUGGUGUAGAUCCAAACCUGGAUCCUGAGCUUGCCCUUGCUCUUAGAGUUUCAAUGGAAGAAGAGAGGGCCAGACAAGAAGCAGCUGCUAAAAAGGCUGCUGAGGAUGCUUCCAAACAGGAAAAAGGAGGGGAAGCACAAUCCAGCUCACAAGAUGCAACUAUGCCGGAGCGUGCCAGUGCUGGAACUUCUGAAGCCGAUAAUAAGAGUAAUGAUUUCAUGGAUGAUGAGAAUGCUCUGCUACAACAGGCCCUUGCAAUGUCAAUGGAUGAACCCGCUUCCAGCCAUGAGAUGUGAGACGCAGAUAUGUCUGAGGCACUUGGAGAGGAUCCAGAGUUGGCUCUAGGUGAGUUCUUCUGGUCAUUUGACCAUACUCCAUUCAUCUAUGGGUGGGUUGGUUGAAUAACAACGUUAGUUGGUGGCAAUUUUUCAUUGGGAAUAGGAAAUAAAUUUAAGGUGCUAUUGCGAAAAAUGCAAGCUUUGACCAUUGUUAAGCACGU